GCUCAGCCUACAUAAGGGACGUCCCUCCAGACGCGACGUUGUUUUAUCUUUUAUUUCACAGAGAGAGUUCAGAAGCUGCAAGGAGUGCUGUGCGAAGUAACCGCAGAGACUUCACAGCCAGUUGGCUUUGUAGAAGAGAAGCAAAUAGAAGGUCAUGAGAAAACUUUAAAGGCCCAUAAAGAAGACAAGCCUCAGAAAGUGCUGGAAAUGAAUGGCCAUACAGCGGUGCCCCAUUCCUACGACUAUGACCUCAUUGUCAUCGGUGGAGGCUCAGGCGGUCUGGCUGCUGCCAAGGAGGCUGCCAAAUAUGAAAAGAAAGUGAUGGUCCUAGACUUUGUAACACCUACGCCUCUGGGAAAUUCAUGGGGUCUUGGAGGAACAUGUGUAAAUGUGGGCUGUAUACCAAAAAAGCUGAUGCACCAGGCAGCUUUACUGGGACAAGCCUUGCAAGAUUCACGCAAAUUUGGAUGGCAAUUUACAGAAGAAGUCAAACACAACUGGAUGACUAUGACCGAAUCUGUUCAGAAUUACAUUGGCUCACUGAACUGGGGCUAUCGGGUAGCCCUGAGAGAGAAGAAAGUCACGUAUGAGAAUGCAUAUGGAGAAUUUGUUGGGCCCCACACAGUGAAGGCAACAAAUAAAAGAGGAGUUGAAAAACUGUACACAGCUGAGACGUUUCUCAUUGCCACUGGUGAGAGGCCACGCUACCUGGGUAUCCCUGGAGACAAGGAAUACUGCAUUAGCAGUGAUGAUCUUUUCUCCCUGCCUUACUGUCCGGGGAAAACUCUGGUGGUUGGAGCUUCCUAUGUUGCCUUGGAAUGUGCAGGAUUUCUUGCAGGUCUUGGAUUAGAUGUCACUGUAAUGGUGAGAUCCAUUCUUUUAAGAGGAUUUGACCAGGAUAUGGCAAACAAAAUUGGUGAAUAUAUGGAAGAGCAUGGAAUCAAAUUUAUUAGAGAAUUUGUUCCAAUCAAGGUUGAACAGAUUGAAGAAGGAACUCCUGGAAGACUGAAAGUUGCAGCCAAGUCCACCAAGGAUGACCAAGUAAUUGAAGAGGAAUACAAUACUGUGCUGCUAGCAAUUGGAAGAGAUGCGUGUACAAGAAAAAUUGGUUUGGACAAAGUUGGAGUGAAAAUCAAUGAAAAAACGGGAAAAAUACCUGUGGAUGACAUGGAGCAAACAAACGUGCCAUAUAUUUAUGCUAUUGGAGAUAUACUGCAGGACAGGCUGGAACUCACACCAGUGGCAAUCCAGGCAGGAAGACUGUUAGUUCAAAGGCUUUACGCGGGGUCAACCCUUAAGUGUGACUAUGUGAAUGUUCCCACCACGGUGUUCACUCCUUUAGAGUAUGGAGCCUGCGGAUAUUCUGAAGAGAAUGCAAUACAGAAGUUUGGGGAAGAAAACAUUGAGGUGUACCAUAGUCAUUUCUGGCCACUGGAAUGGACUGUACCAUCCAGAGACAACAACAAAUGCUAUGCAAAGAUCAUUUGCAAUAUUCAAGAUAAUCAGAGAGUCAUUGGUUUCCAUGUCCUCGGUCCAAAUGCUGGAGAAGUCACCCAAGGCUUUGCAGCAGCUAUGAAAUGUGGACUGACCAAAGACCAGUUGGACAGCACCAUAGGAAUUCAUCCAGUCUGUGCAGAGGUAUUCACCACUCUGUCCAUCACCAAGCGUUCUGGUGAAAAUACCCUGCAGUCUGGUUGCUGAGGUUAAAGACCCCCAUUCCUGUUAUUGCCAGAGACUGACUUUCAUCGCUAUGGCUGACCUGUGCAACUCAGAAGAAAGAUUUUGAAAGAAGUCAUCCUCAGAUGACUGCAGAAACGUUUAUGUUUCAGACAGAGCACUCCACAGUCCUGAGGAGAAGAGCAAGAGGGGAGUUAGCCACCAGUGGUGAUUGACUGGCAAUCAACAAUGCAAUGGGCAUAUUGACAGUCCAGCUGAUGUUUAGCAGGGCAUUUCACACAUGCUUUCAUGAAAUCACAGCCUGAAGCCUGCACUGUCUGGUGGGCAGUGAUGGAAGAACUGCUGGCACAGCUGAACAACAACUUUAUUUUUUUUCCCUCCAUAGUUUGUUACUUGAACAAAGAGCCAUCCUGACUCAAGAAUGUCACCGCAAGUUCAGACGACUGUGUACUGAGUUGUAACACUGCAAUUGCAAGUUCUCCUUAAGAGCAUGCAUUUUUACCAAUGACAGUUGCAUGCCAACAUUGGGGAUGUUAUCUGCGUGUUUGGUUAUGAGGAAGGAGGGUUCACUGGAAAAAAAUAUUAGUACUGUCUACAGUAAUGACUCUCUUUGUUUCCAAAGGGACUGCUAUGACUGUUUAUUUUAGAGAUACUUAUUUCUGAAAAUAUUCCUGAUGAGAAAGAAAACAGUUUUUAUUAAGGCCUUGUUAGACAGAAAGCUCUUUUUUUUUUUUAAUUUUAUUUUAUUUUUUGUGAUAGUAACAACCUUGCACAUAACACAGAAGUGACCUCUAUAGCUUUAUCUUGCAGCUUACGUGAUUCUAAAUAAUCUGGUUUGAAACUGACAGAAUUCCAAUUUGGAUUGAAUUAUAUUUCAAGAGCAUGACCCAGCUUUAUUCAACUGGGAUAAAUUCUUCCUUUUCAGGUGAGCAGUGGCGUACUGCACGCUUUCAGGUCUGAACUGGCCACUUUGCACACAGUGAUACUGAGGCUUCCUUCACACUGAUGGGGUGAUUGAGUCAAAACCAAGCAACCAAAAAAAAAUAAGAAAACCAAACCACCCACCACUCAAUCUCUGAAAAGAAAUAGUGAAAAUUCUUCUAUGUAGACAAGGCCAACAAGAUGAAUUCUGUUCUGUGCAUGUUUUGUAAUAUAUCUGAUUAAGAAACUGAUACUUUUGAAACAGAUUUCCAUGAAAAAUAAUGAGCAAGGUUACCUUCUUGUAUGUUCCUCUUCUGCUGGAUAAACUGCAUGUAUAUUUAUCAGAAAGGGAUAAAACCCUCUUUGUAAUGAAAAUGGCUGUGCUUUUUCAUCUGGUUUUUCAUUCCCUCUGUUUUAGCAGGAAUGUUCAGAUUACAUUCAUUACAUGGUUCUUGGGAGUUCAUUGUGGUGUGAAAAUGGGAUGAAUUCUCCAUCCCUCCGGUCAGGACACCUUGUGCCUACGUUUCUACCCAGUAACAAACUCAUGGUUUUCUUACUAGAAUACUGUUUUAAGUUAUUUUUCUAAAGUCAUAACUGAAGGAUUUUAAAGUGAGUUCUGUAUGGUAUCAAAAGGACAGUCUGUGGUGUUCUUUUUCUGGCCAGUUUAUUAAAUAGAUUGAAUGUUUGCACAAACAGGUUCUCGUUUCGAUGACUUCCAGGCAAAGAAAGCAGGUGAUGGCAGGAUAGCUUUUUUAAUAGGCCAGAAGAGGGCACCUUGAUAAAGAUGUGAUUUGUUUCAGCCUUUUGAAUUCUGAAGGUAGAUAUUUCUUUGAAAACAGGAUACGGGGCUGUUCCAUGUGUGGCGUUUUUUGCGUGUUAAAUAUAUCAGAAGAACGUAAUUAAAAAUAAGGAAUAAAUUGGGACCAACUCU